GUUUCGCAAAACAGACUCUUCCUGAAUGUUUUAUAUCUGGUGUGCAGACAUAAAUAUAAUACUUUUAAUGCAUCAACUUUCAUCGCCUUCCAAAGCAGCGCAACAACUUUGUUUACAGGCGGUCUGUCAAAUAUAUUCAUGACUGGAACUUUAACACGAUAUAAUGUGUCUGUUGAUGAUGGUUUCGUCAGGGAAAGUACGACAUUCAGAGAAUUAAGUAGCAAUGCGAAAUGUAUACUAGCCAACAUACUUUCAAUAACAAAUGGGGACUUAGGGGAAACGGCUUCAUUUUUAGAUAAACUAUUAAACGAGACCCAAGAAAAAAUUCGAUUACUGACAGACAAUGAUAUGAGUGAUGAAGAGUUUUAUACAAAGCUAACUGAUUUGAAAAAUGAGCAUAGAGAUACUCUUGAUAUAAUUGAGCAGCUAUAUUUAAGCUCAAGUAAAUUCACUGAGGACUUGCAGAAGGGAGAUAAUAUUUCGGAAGAAGUAGCCUCAAAUGAAGAGAAUCGAAGUCCUCCUGACAGCCCCAAGGAUAUUUGUCGAACUAAUAAUUUAGUACAACAAGAGGAUUACUAUGAACACGACCGAAGUCAUAUGUUUCUUCCUCAGGUAAAUAAAUGUCACAGUUUUAAGCCCGAAGUUAACUGCUGUGAAGUAAUAAGAACAGGGACUAGUGAAAAUAGGACAAAUUUUGGCGAUGAUGACAAUAAUGAUGUUGAACAUGACUGCAACACAUCAUGUUCCUCUUGGAGGCAUCACAUUACUAUACCAGAACCUUUUGCGAUGACAAGACGAGAGGAAGCCCUAAAACAAAGCAAGAAUUCACAGUACGAAAAUGAAAUACCUGCGUCUAGUGUUGUCCAGAAAGAUGGUGAUAAGGAGUGCAACACUCAGUUUAAAGCUAAGCCAGUCCCUUCACACGUGUACUUACCACUUUAUGAAAAAAUAAUGGAGAAAAAUGCACUAAGACGUGAAGCUGUUAAAGCGUAUAGCAAGGAAAUUUUAAAGGCAACUGAGAAGCCGUUUACUUUUACUAUUAGAGAAAAUCUAAAAAGAGAACAAAAUGAUUUCAGUCGGGAUAAAGAUAAAUGGUUGCAUAGAAAACAAACUCCGUCACAGUUUAAAAAUGAUAAAUCUAUAGAUCCUUUAAAGUUACCAUCACAAUUAUAUGAAAAUAGAUUUGAGCGUAUGCAAGAGGAUUCAUUGUUAAACGAGGUUAAACGUCAACUACGCGCACAAAGACUCUUACAGUCAGCAUCUUUACCACCUGGUAUGGAAGAACGUCAACAUCUUAUGAAUAUGCGUAAAUUAGAAAGGAAAGCUAGGGAUAAAAGGCUGAACAGAAUUAGUGUAUUGGAUCUAGAUAAUGCUGAGACAGGAAAAAAGCAAUAUCAAUAUUAUCAUCCAGCUCCAGAUUUUAAACAGCUACAUUGGAAGUCGUGUAAAACUCUCCGACGUUUAUGGAAACCACCACCAGAACCAACUAAACCUAAAUCAUUUAAAUUACGAACAAGUGAACGAGCUUGUUCAGCUGAUCGUCAAAUGCUACAAAGUCAAAAGAUAAAGAAGAAUGAAAACAGGACUCAGUCUGCAACAAGACAAGUAGUUACAAAUGAUGCCAUAGAACCAGCUUUAUCAAGAUCAACCUUAUUACGAGAGAAUUAUAUACGAAAUUCCUUAGCAAAAGCAGAUUUAGAUGCAAAAAAGAAAGAGGAAACAGAACAUUUAAAAAGACUAAAGCUAAAAGAGGUAUCGAAUACAAUGAAAGAGACACUAGGUGGACAGAUUAUAUCGCCUAAAAAGAUCAUAGACUCUAUCACAGAAGAACGUAAACGUCAAUUGAUUCAACAGGAUUUAGCACGUCAAGCUGAAUACAAACGUGAAUUGAACGCUAUUCAUGAACGUGUCGCAUCAAAACCAUUACUGAUAACACGACAAAAUCAAAUAAUAGCUCGUAAACGUGCCGAGGCAAAAUUCGAUUCAUGUGUACGAGAUGCUGGUUUAGAUCCAAAUGAAGUGCUUGAAAAGAAUAGUGAAUGUAAACACCAGGAGAGGAUAACAAAUAAGAAAGGUGAUUUAGCGAAAGAUACGAUAGAACUGUCUACCCAUCACAGGGGUUUGAACCCAGGAGCUUUCGGUUACAAGACGGGUUCAUAGACCAUUCAACUAUUCAACGGCACAUGAAUUCCAAAUUCCGCCAAUUCGCUGAAUAAAGUAAUGAAAAGAAAGUUGUUACUGUCGGGAAGAAGUCUGUGCUUAUCCAUUUUACCUCCAAAUGGAAUGACGAAUCACACCAUAUAAUCAGAAGACUGAGUGUUUUCUUUGCUACAACUGACUCGGCAACGAAACUCGUUCAUGCUUACAGCAAUAUUCGUGCUCAUUAUCAAUCAAACGUUAACAGGCACCUAUUCAAUUUUAUGUUCCGGAACGACUUUAUUGGCAGGAUAUAAAGAUGGUCAUCCAUUCUCAUUUUGGAACAUAUUCCGAAAACCUGAGACUAAAAGAUACCCAGUCUCUUGCCAUAACCAUUAGUUGUUAUCUCAUCGAUUCGGGACACAAAGUGGAUUUACAGACCUACAUUUAUCAUUAUCUAUCAACAUACAAAGAAAUCGAACUGUACUUUGAUUUGCUGAAUCUAUCGCCGUCAGACAACUCAAACGAAACUUGUGUGUGUGUGUGUAAGAAGAAACUGGCAUUAGUCUGACUUUAUCCUGAUCACAAUUUUUCAGAUCCGCUGACCUUAAAUCCCUAAAUGAUUUCGUAUUACUUUUGGAUGUUUAUUUGUAUACUGUUGAGUAAUCUAUUUUGUGUUAAUGGUCAAUUAGUGUUUUUGUUGUUUGAGCCAACUAUCAAAGACUUCUCGAUUAUCCUUGCAAACUUAUGACAAAUCGCUACAUUCUUUUCGUGUUACUUGUAUCUGAUUAUGUCAUAACAUUUCACUCCCUGUUGUUCCCAUAGAACUAAGACCUACUUGUCAAACUUAUGCUAAUAAAAUUAAAAAUUUGUAUAUUUUUCAUUUU